AUGAAUGAAUGUUUAAGAGAUGGAUUACAAACAAUGUUUCCAGCUUUGUCCAGGGGUAUUCCGGAAAUCAACGUAGAAAAAUUCGAACCGCUUUUCAUAAAAGAAGUUGGAGUGUCAAAAGGUCACGGCGCUGUUUUAUUAACAGGAGCUUUACACGAUUUAUUUGUUUACGGACCGAGUAAUGCCACGACAACUUUUGUCGUAAUGGAUUUGAAAAAUAAAACGUGGCAAUUCGGCAUAGAAGUCCCUUAUUUGAAACUCGAAUCGCAAUACAACAUAAAAGGAAAUAUUCUUUUACUUCCGGUCGUCGGAACCGGAGAUUCAAUUAUUCAUUUAAGAGAUACGAAAUGCAUAGUUACGACAGAUUUCGAAUAUUCAACAAUACAAAAUAGGGAAAUAUUACAAAUAACUAAAAUGAAAGUUGAUUUUAGCGUUUCCGGUAUGAGACUCCAUCUUAGUAAUUUAUUUAACGGAAAUAAAGACAAACGGUGA